GCUCGGGCCAAGACUGCAGACUAGGGAGCGGGUCCCAGUGGGGAGGCCAGGGAGGAAACCGGGAGUCCAAGCUGGGCCUGGUAAUUCUGAGGAGGGAACCGGAGCCGAGCCCACGGCAACCAGACACUUGGAUCUGACUCUUCCCUUUUCCAUAAGAAGGGCUCAAAAGAGAAGGUUCAUCUCUUGCAAAUCUCAAAGCCAUGCCUCAGGAUGAACUAGAGUCUGCCCUUGCAGGGAUCAGUGUCAUUCAAGGAUGUGACUGUGGACUUCACCCAGGAGGAGUGGCAGCAGCUGGAUCCUGCUCAGAAGACCCUCUACAGAGAUGUCAUGUUGGAAAAUUAUUGUCACCUCAUCUCUGUUGGGUUUCACAUGACUAAGCCUGAUAUGAUCCGUAAGUUGGAACAAGGAGAAGAACUAUGGACAACAGAGAGAAUUUUUCCAAGUCAGAGCUACCUUGAAGAAGAUGGGAAAGCUGAAGAUGUUUUAGUGAAGUUCAAAGAAUACCAAGACAGGCAUUCUAGAUCAGUCAUAUUCAACCACAAAAGACUAAUUAAGGAAAGAAGUAAUAUUUUUGGGAAAACACUUACUAUAGGCAAGAACCGUAUUAUUUCAAAAACAGCACUAUGUGAAUAUAAGCCUGAUGGAAAGGUUUUUAAAAAUAUUUCAGAAUUAGUCAGUAGAAAUAUAAGCCCUGGAAGAGAGAAGUUUGGUGAGAGUAAUGGAUGGGAGAAAUCACUCCUCAAUUCUAAGAAUGAGAAAAUUUAUACUACAGUGAAUCUCUAUAAACAAACAGAAAGGAGUGUGAGUGGUAAACAAGAGCUUAUUCAACAUCAGAAGGAUCAAACUCCAGAGCAAUCAUUAGAUCAUAAUGAAUGUGAAAAAUCCUUCCUUAUGAAAGGAAUGUUAUUUACACAUACUAGGGCUCACAGAGGAGAAAAAUCCCUUGAAUACAAUAAAGAUGGAAUAGCCCUAAUUGAAAAGUCAAAUCUCAGUGUCCAUUCACAAACUCUUAUUGAGAAGAAACCCCAUACAUACAGCAAAUAUGGGAAGUUCCUCUGCAGGAAGUCCAUUUUUAUCAUGCAUCAGAGAUCUCAAACAGAAGAGAAACCCUUUCAGUGUCCUUACUGUGGGAACAGCUUUAGAAGGAAGUCAUAUCUCAUUGAACAUCAACGAAUUCACACAGGUGAGAAACCUUAUGUUUGCAAUCAAUGUGGAAAAGCCUUCCGUCAAAAAACAGCCCUCACUCUUCAUGAGAAAACACAUAUAGAGGGGAAACCCUAUAUCUGUAUGGAUUGUGGGAAGUCCUUCCGCCAGAAGGCAACUCUCACUAGACAUCACAAAACACAUACAGGGGAGAAAGCCUAUGAAUGUACUCAGUGUGGAAGUGCUUUUAGAAAGAAGUCAUACCUCAUUGAUCAUCAGAGAACUCACACAGGAGAGAAACCAUAUCAAUGUAAUGAAUGUGGGAAGGCAUUUAUCCAGAAGACAACCCUCACUGUACAUCAGAGAACUCACACAGGAGAGAAACCCUAUAUUUGCAAUGAAUGUGGGAAGUCCUUCUGCCAAAAGACAACCCUCACUCUCCAUCAAAGAAUUCAUACAGGGGAAAAACCCUACAUUUGUAAUGAAUGUGGGAAGUCCUUCCGCCAGAAGGCAAUCCUCACUGUUCAUCAGAGGAUACAUACAGGAGAGAAAUCCAAUGGAUGUCCUCAGUGUGGGAAAGCCUUUAGUAGGAAAUCAAACCUCAUUCGCCACCAGAAAACUCACACAGGAGAGAAACCAUAUGAAUGUAAAGAAUGUGGGAAGUUCUUCAGUUGUAAGUCAAACCUCAUUGUACAUCAGAAAACUCACAAAGUAGAAACCAUGGGAAUUCAGUAAAGGAUACGACUUUUUUGUCAAACCUUAAAGUAAUAGUAAACUUUAAAUAAAAUAGUACAUGGUGUUGCUUGCAAGUAUAUUGGUAUAUAACAGUUUAAGGUACUGUACCACAUAUUUGCCUAUUGUUUGUGAGCCUAUAAAACACAAAAAGAAUGACUAAUGACAAAAGUCAUUGAAAAUACAACCCUAAAUUUUUUAUUAUUAGAUUCACCAGGCAUAAACUUCCUCUGUCAAGUUUCUACAAACAUUUAAAAUUGCUUAUUUUCAAUUUCAGUACAUAUAUUCUUGUGACCCAGUAAUAAACAGUUCUGCCAGUGGUCCAUGGACCACACUGUGAUCAGAAGUGUUUUAAAAGAAAGGAAGUGUGAACUGUAUUUCUCAUUGCAAAUAUGAAGUAAAAAUUAGUUGUUACUUCCUCAAAAUUUACCACAGUUAUGACUUCUAACAUUAUAAAUUAGGUUUUGCAUAUUAUGAACCUUUAUAUAAAUUGGAUUAUACAUCAUGUAUUCUCUUUAUAUAAAUUGGAUUAUACAUCAUAUAUUGUGUAUAUGGCUUGUUUCAUUCCUCAUUAUGUCUCUAAAACUCAUCAUUAAUGCAUGUGGCAGAAGUUCAUUUAUUUCCAUUCUAUAUAGAAUUCCAUCAUAUGAUUAAAUUACAGUUUAUCCAACUAUUGCUGUGGACUUUUUCAUUGUUUACAGCUUAGGAUCAUAAUAAAUAGUGCUUCUGUGAACAUA